CAGAUAUAGAAAAGUUCAUGGCGGUGGGACGUUUUGGAUUCCGUCAGCUCUUUUGAAUCAAGUUUCUGCAAAAGUUAACAUGAAGCUGAGUUUAUUUACAGAUGUUGAGUUUAUCCUGUAGAACACUGGUCGAUUGCACUAUUCAAAAGUAAUUUACUCUUCCGGAUGUUAAUUAAAUUAAACAUUCUUCUGACGCCUGAGCUCAUCUGGGAUCAGUUCUGUUUGGAUCCAUUGUGUUUGUUUCUGCUCACAUUUUUCUCCUCAGUGUUCCUGUUCUUCAAAUCACUACUAUUAUUUUGUCCUACUUGUUUUUUGCAACAAUCCAGCUUUUCCAGCGUCUCCACGGUUGACGGCUGUCAAAAUGGUGUCUCGGUGGGCUUUUUUCUGCACCUGUCACUCAUACCAGCUGUGCUGAUUGCAGGCGUACUGUCGUUCCUCCAGAGACGAUCCCAGACUCUGGCCAUCGACCAGAGACUGCCCUUCCUAGAAGGACGUUUUGGUAUUGUGGUGCCUUUAGACACAAUCGGCAGCCUGAGUAACCGCUGGUCUUAUGGCUUUGCCUUUGGUGCCGUGUCCAGCAGCGUUCUGCUGCUCUUCUCGGAACGAUACCUCCCCUUUAACGUUGUGUCCUGGGCCAGAGCCAUAGUGUAUCUGGUUGGAGCUCUGGAAGUGGGCCUGGUGUAUUUCCCUUUUUUCGCCUGCCUCUCCACACCAUUCCGAAUGGCCGGGGCGAUGCUGGGAAUUCUCUACUCUGUGUCCUGGAUCAUCAUCACAGUGUGGGACAUGGUCACCUGUCCUGGGGGUAAGAUUCUGGGUAAAUACCAGAAGGUGAUUACUCAGUGGCCCAGCGUCCUCUCACUCAUCUUCCUCUUGGGACGAUUUGUUUACAUGCUGGUUAAAGACAUUCGCAUACGUCUGCAGCUGGAACAAGAGGACCCAGAGGACCUAAUUGGUCAACAUCAGGUGCAACAUGUGAAGCAACUGCUGGGCAUAACACCUGAGCACAGCAAACCCCUAGGCUGGUUCCAGAGGCGAGUUUAUGAAUGGGAUCCCAACUUUAAGUUUCCCAACAGGAUCAUUGGCACUGCCAUUAUAUCCCUCAUAGGCCUGUAUACGAUGACUCUGGCAGACUACAGCCUCAGUGAUGCCAUCUUUGAUAGAGUGGAACGCUGGAAUAAUGCGCUAAAAGAGGGGCUGAUAAUCUGUAACCAGACUGAAGCUUUAGGAUACCUGAUCCCACAGAUAGAAGAGUUCAUCUAUGUGGCCAGAAAGUCUUGGCUUGUCACCACGAUCUUUGCCAGUCUCAACUCUGUUGCUUACACCUUCCACAUCUUAGCGUGUUACAGGAAACAUUUGAAGAGACUCUGGAAGGGACAGAAGACUUUUCUUCCUGAGAAAUUCCACAAUCCUCUGUCUGCCGUGAGCGUAGCUUCUAUUGCAAGAUACUCAGGCUGGCAGAUAGCAUUCACGCUGUGGGGCUACCUGAUUGUCCACUUUGUCCACUUCCUGUUUGCACUGCUCUUGGUCUACGGACUCAUUCUUCCCAUACAACAUGGACAAACUCUGAGCAUGCUGAAGAAUCUGAGCCUAAUUCUUCUGACGAUAGGUCUGGUGAUCGCCUUGGUGAUUGUCCAGGUGGUUCUGGUUCAGGUCUUCUUCCUGCAGGACAAAAUGUCUCCCAGUGAUAAGCAGAAACCUCUAGCUCUCAACAACAGGAAAGCAUUCCACUGCUUCAACUACUUCUUCUUUUUCUACAAUGUGGUGAUGGGCAUCAGCACCUGCAUCCUCAGGUUGCUAAUCAGUCUUGUGGUAGGAACGUGGUUGGUGUCCCGCAUAGACCGGACCAUAAUGCAGAGGGGAUACGAAACCCUGGACGCUGGCUACAACACGUGGAUCGGGAUGAUCUUUGCAGACCAUUACCACAACAACCCCGUCAUGGUGUGUUUCUGUCAGCUGCUGAUCUCCAACUCUGUGGAAAGACACAACUCAAACACCUACUCCUCAUUUGACAAUGCCCUACCAGCAUCUUCCACGAACAACCAGUCCAGGAGGCGCUGGGGCUUGUUCUACACACUACUGAAGAACCCCCCCCUCAUCCUACUCAGGAAACACAACCUGUACCGAUCAUCAUCAUCACCAUCAUGUACCCAGAAAGAAUCAGUGGUUCGGGCUUGGGUCAUGGCCUCACAAACACAGAGCCACCAGUCAGUGCCACAGGCGCCCCCAGAAAGCAAAGCCACAUCUGAGGAACACUGUGCUGAAGUGGAGGAUGUGCAUGAGUUAGCCUAGUUUUUGUUUUCGUGAAUGAAAAUCAGAAGGAGAUUCUGACCCAAGGUGUUGGCGCAUCCUACCUGUUCUCCGAGGUGGUCAACCUUUGAGUGGGUUUCGACGCAUCCAGUUUGUUCCUGUGGUGGUCAAACCCUUCUCCUCUCCUGCUUUCUGCCCCCGUCCCGUCCCGUCCCGUUUUUUUUUUUUUU